CGCGGAGGCCGGGGAGGGCCGAUGGAGAAGGGGAGGGCGCAUGCGCGCGGCUGAGGGGCGAUGGAGGCGUCGGGACGUCAGCGGUCUGAGGCAGGAGAAGGAGGCGAAGAAGAAGAAGAAGAAGGAGGAGGAGGAGAAGGAGAAGGAGGCCGCCCCGAGCGGGAUGCGGAUGCGGACGGGGAGGCCGGAGGCUUCCGCGGCUGCGACAGCGGCCACGUGUCCCAGAGCGCCAGCGGCCUGUGGUUGGAGGAGGACGGCUCCGCCUGGGCCUCGCCCGCCUCCCGGCAUCCUCUGCUCCUCCGCCGAGCGGCGCGAGCCUUCGCCGCCUCCCUAUUGGCUGACGCCGCCCGCACCCCGGAGGUGCAGAGCUUAGACAAGAGCCUGGAGGACCUGCUGACCAGAGUGGACGAGUUCGUGGGGUUGCUGGAUAUGGUUCGCAGCGACUCGUCCCAGGUGGUCGACGAGAGCGUGCCCGCCAUUCACGCCAAGGCCACCGAAAUGAGGCACAUCUAUCGGAAGAUCGACCAGCUGGAGGCCUUCGUGAGGACCAUGGGCAGUAACGUGGCGGGGAUGGAGGAGCGAGUGGCCGAGGCGGAGUCCGGCCACGGCGCCUUCAGAAAGCUCCUGCACCACCUCGGCGUGCCGGCCUUCCUCUCGAAGGCGUCUUCCGCGAAGCCCCGGCCCGACCUCUACGAGCCUCCCGCCCUCUUCAGGACCGAAGACUAUUUCCCUCGCGGCGACCGAGGACCCCCUACCUGACGGGCGCGGGGGGGGGACCUCCGUCUCCCCGUUGUCCGGAAAUGCCCCGGCCGGGCCCCGGCCGCCGACUCUCAGGAGACAGCGGGACCUUUUUUUGGGCGGUUCUUUUCGGGGGAGGGACGGGCCGAGAGGGAAGGGGGACGGUCCUCGCCGGCGUCUUCCCAAAGACGUAAGCCGCAAAGCCUCAGAGCAGGGCCCCGUUUCCUCUGAAACGGGCAGUUCCGGAGCUCGACCCAAACCGCCGCUUCAGUCCCGCGUCCGAAACGGGCAACGGCCCCGCUUGCGCCUUGGGAGAAGCCCCCCCGCUUAAGCGUACGAAGGUUGAACCGUUACUUAGCGAUGACCCGGAGGGUCGGGGAGGGCUCGGCCCUCUACCGCCGAUUCUUUCAGAAGGCCCGGACCUCCGGGCUCCGCUAGCCGGUGGGAGGACUUCAGCGGACUACGCGAGACCUCCACCGGGGGAAUCCUCGCGGCCUCGGGUGCGAAAACCGGACGGGCCUCGGGGAGGACCGGCGGGAGCGCUGCCUGUCGGCUCGCCGGCGUCGUCGCAAUUAAAAUUUAAGGAUCGCGUU